AUGAGACGAACAAAUCGUGUAGAACCGAUUAAUAUUGGUCAGAAUGGAAAUGAUUUAACAAGAGCAACGAUGACAACAACUACACGUAUGGAAUUUGUUCGACGAGUCGAAGUACUUCCAAUGGGAGAAGCCGUUGCUCGAUUACAUAGUGAUCUUAAUCAAUCAUUAGCUGGUGAAGUAGCUAUCUCACCAAGAAUUUGGACUGGUGGAAUGCAACAAGUUGCAACACCUGUAGCGGUUAGAGGUUCACGCAGAUCAAUACGGUGUAUUGGUUGUUGUUUUAUGACAGUUGGAUUAUUAGCUCUUUGUGGUAUAAUUGCUGGUUUAACAAUUGCUUUUAGAAAUACAAAUGAUAUUGGCGAAAGUGGCAUAGAAAGAUACGAUGUAGGUGAUCUACAUUAUGGAAUGAAUGAUGUCGAUACUGCAAAAUUUCCUUCAAGUACAUAUUUAUCUAGUAACAACAAGAUGGUAGUUCAAAAUUAUUUGUCUAAUCAGUUACUUGAUGAAUCAGGUUAUCGUGGUUUGUUCAUUGACGGAGUUCUUGUGCAACAACAAUCAACUAAUAAUCGAAGACGCCGAGACACAUCAUGCGAUGCUCUUUUUAUUAUUCAAAAUAUUCAGGUAUAUUUUGAUUAUUGUUCAACAUGUACUGGUUCUCGUAAUCUUGCAUUACGUCGUUCACUUGGAAAUUUGACUGCCUUUCAACAACCAUUGAAUUUAUUAAUAAAUAAUGGUAGUAUGUCUAAAGUCUCUACACAACUUUGUUCAGCACCAACUAUAUCUAGUUUAAUUGUACCUGUAAGAUUAAGUAUUUUACAAGCACAACAAAUCAAUUCAAGUCUUUUAGCAAUUGAGACAUAUUCUACAACCACAACAACUGAAGUACGUUCAAGUUAUUCGACAUAUAUCUAUCCGAAGCGUCCAACAACAGGUCGUUCAUCGAAUAUAUUUACAUCUCGAAGUAUUUCUACACAAAAGAGGAGAAUAACAACAUCAACAACAACGACUACUUUACCACCCAUGGAAACAACUUUACCAGUUGUUACAACCAUAGUGAAUGAUAUUAGUACUGCGAUUUUCACUACAUCAUCGGCAAUAACAACAGAUGGAACACCAACAACUGAAUUUACAAUUAUAGAAACAACUACAUCCUUUCAUAACAUUGACAGAACAACAUCUUCAACUGAUUCAAUGACUACGUCGUCAGGAACAAUUGAUGAUAUGACAACAACUGUUCAAGAAUUUAAAGAAACAUCGGCAUCACAACAAACGACAUUAUCUUCAGAUGAGACAACUACAUACAAUACUGAUUUAACUUCACCAUCAACCGAAUCAUUCUCAACUGAAUUUCAUGAAAUAACAUUACCAUCAUCAUCAUCACUACCAACAGAUCUCAGUAGCAAAGAAACAUCGACUUCUAAUAUUAUGGAUAAUACGACGAUAAGCGAAGAAUUUGAAACAACUUCAACAGAUGAUCUAUCAACAAUUAGCCAAGGAGAACAAGAGAAAGAAACAUCACCUGCAAUAUUAUCAACUACAUCUGUCGAUGACUAUUCAACUGUAACUUCUCUCAUAUAUGACUCUACAACAAACACAACUGACAUUGAUACAUCAUCAUCAUCAUUGUAUGAUAAUUCAACAACUGAAAUACAAUCAAGUACAGUAUCUGAUUAUACUGAAGAAACAAGUUUAUUACCUCAACAUAUUUUAACUACGAUACAGCCAUUAACUACUAAAGUUCAAACGUCAUUUAAAUCGAAAGCUACAACUGCUGGUUCAUUUCGACAAACAACUAAAAAGAUUUCACCAUUUCCACCGUAUAAAUCAGUAUUUUCUACUGUCUCUGUACGAAAUAGAUCAUUUCAACAAACUAGUGGAGCAACGUCUUCAUUUACAUCAGUGAAACCAGGUCGUACACGUAAACAAACAUAUUAUUCAACUACCUUUGUAUCUCCGACAACACAACGUUAUGAUACUUCACGAGCUAUAACAUCUACAUUGCCAUCGGUAAAACCA